UCUCUCUGAGUGCCGGAUUUAGAGUACGGGAGAGUGGGGAGUGGGAGGUAUGAACAACAAAGCGAUGGAUGUUCCAAACAGUUUACCAGAUACUCAGCAAAGUGAUGGAAUUAAUUAUAGUCAAGAUAUUGUUGAUAAUAAUAGCUGGGGUAGGCUGUAUGCCACAAGAAAGCAGUUUACCACUAUUGAAUUAACAAAGGAUGAGUACACUGUUGGACGAUUGCCAAAUUGUGAUGUAACAAUUACAGAAAGAGAAGUUAAAAAAGAAGUGCUGACAACAAUAAGCAAAUUGCAUUUCAAGAUAAGGAAGACGAAAGUAGGGGAUGCACAAGCUGUAUACCUGGAAGACUGUAGUUUUAACGGAACAUUUGUUAAUGGUGAGAAAAUAGGGAAAGGCAGAGUAAUAGUGCUACAGAGCAAUGACCAAAUAAGCCUUGCUGCUGCACCUUUUCGUGUUUAUCUCUUCAUGAGUGCCAGCUCUUACGAUUCUUUGGACUAUCCUGAAGCUGUAAGAUCUCGAUACGUGAUAUCUCGGAAGCUAGGUGCUGGAGCAUGUGGCGAAGUGUUCCUGGUGUUUGAGAAGAAAACAUGUAACAGGUUUGCGAUGAAGGUUGUGGAGAAAAAACGAUUAACAAAAGGAGGAAGACAUUUAUUACUGGACCCAGAAAAAGUAAUGAAUGAAGUAAAAAUACUGACAUCCUUGAAGCACCCAUGCAUUAUAACAAUCCAUGACAUUGUGGAUACAUCAAAUAAAGUGUACAUGUUUCUGGAACUGAUGGAGGGAGGUGAGCUUUUUGACAGGAUCACCAAAAAAGAACAGCUUGGUGAACCAGAGGCAAAGCUGAUAUUUUAUCAGAUAGUUGUAGCUGUUCAGUAUUUGCAUUCAAAAGGAAUAACUCACAGAGAUCUUAAGCCAGAGAACAUAUUACUCUCCUCUGACAAAGAAGAAACUCUGAUUAAGGUGUCAGACUUCGGUUUAUCAAGAUUUGUCACCUCGGAAAUGACAACAGUCUGCGGAACACCUUUAUAUGCUGCCCCAGAGGUACUUGUAAAAAAUGGAAGAGGGGGCUAUACAAUGCAAGUUGAUGUUUGGAGCCUGGGUGUAAUUUUAUAUGCAUGCUUGAGUGGUUAUUUACCUUUUUCACCUGACAACAAGAAAGUCCCAUUAAAAGAACAAAUUAGGAAAGGCAAUUACUCCUUCCCAAUACAGUACUGGAGAGGUGUGUCUCCAGAGGCUAUUGAUUUAAUAAAGAAGAUGUUAACUGUGGACCCUAUUCAGAGAAUAACAGUUGACGGUAUUGUGAAUCAUUUAUGGCUUCAGGAUGAAUUAAUGCGAAAGAAAGCAGAUAAUCUUAUGAGAGAAGGCUUGCAUGGCAUCUGGCCAGAUGAAAAUUCUGACCCCGUUACAUGUGGACCUCAUCUUGCCAAGAGACCAAGGUUAGAUUGAUGGAAUUAAUUAACCCACAGCGAGAGGAAAGUACAAACGCUACCUGUACAACAGAAGUCAUAAGAGUGAUAUCGCACUUCGAUAGCUACAUGUUACCUGCAUUAAUUUUCAUGUGUUAAAACAUGUGAAUACACAAUUAGACAUAGAAAAAUCGUAUGUUAAAUCACAAGUGAUAAGGAUUGUUUGUUUAUAUUGCAGUUGUUUUGCAUCACUUUUUUGUAAGAUUAUUAAUUUUGAAAAUUUUAUGUACAUACAUUGCUAUGUCAUUAUUGUGACUUUGAUACGCUAAAUAUUUCCUUAUAGGAAGUUAUGUACUGAGCAAAGUAUUGUCAGAUCUGAGACUAGGACUUUAGAAGAUAAACAGUGUUUCUCUCUCUCUUUUUAUUUAUUUCUUUUUUUUUUAAUCACACCUUAACAUAGUGUUUGAUAUACAUGUUUUGCAUGCUUCACUUUGCUUUUGUCAUCAUAUAUUUAAUUUAUCCAAUUUUGUUGCACAUUGGUGCUGUUUUGUAUGUUUAUAAGACACUUUACUUUGUAUCUUCUUGCUACAGUUUGUUGUUGUCGUUACUGUAAACAUUAUUGUUAUUUUUUAUUUUGAUAUUUUUAUGUUUAUCUCUCUUCUUUCUAUGCCUCUUUGUGAAAUGAACCAUUUAGAAGUUCCUACUUACAAAAGCUAUCGUAUUUUUCGAUAUAUGUGAAAUCCUAGUGACCUGUAAAUGAAUUUUUUUGGAGAAGAAUUUCUUGGUGUUCUUAGGAACUAAUUUAACUUGAAAUAGCAGCCUGGAUGAACCAGAAUGUCAAAAUAAACUGUACAUAUGGACUUUCGUAUGAUCUGUUUUGUUCCUGUGACCUGUCUUGUAAUGCACUUGUUUGUUUAAUUUUUAUAUUAAAAAUAUUAGACAA